AUUUAGUAAUAGAAAUAGUUAUGAUCAAUUAUCCUAAUCCUUAUCGCAAUCCGAAUAUAAAUGCAUGGAAUCAAAAUCCUAGGCAAGAGAUGGAAGAGGAAUAAUCACCUUCGUUAAUUUUCAAACCAAUUGAAAGAUAAAAUAUUGAUGAUCGAAUUAAAUCAUAACUCGUUUCGCUUAGAAAUUCAAUUAAAGAUUUUGUUCAAAAAAUUGUUCAAUUCAAAUUUGAAGAGAAAAUGACAUCUCUAAAAGAGAGAAUAAGUGGGCUAGAAAGCUUAAUUGUGAAGGAUAAAUCUUUGGAUUAGGAAUCAUUGAUGACCUAUGUAAAUUUUCUUAAAGAUACUUACAUAAAGAAAGUGAACAUCUUAUCACUUCAUGUUAAAGUUUUUGAAAAUCCUCGUUAUUUGGAAGCAGAUAGGCUUCUAGAUUUUUUAAAAGAAAUAUCUGUAUAAGUUUGAAAUAUAUUAGAAAUAUGAAGAAAGCUAUGCAGAAUGCCAACCCUUAUUGUUUAUGAAUUAAGAAUUAACUAAUUUGGAAAUGAUUCAUUGUGUAUUGACGCCAAUAGUAUGCAACUAUAAAGAGAUACUUUAUUAUGAAAAGGUUGAUUCUCCAAUAAAACAAUAUACCAAAAAUAAGAAAAUCUAUGAAUAAUCUCUUUCCUCACAGCAAAUUAGUCUAUUGAUUGGAUUAUUGAACAAGUACUAUAAAUUUGGAGCUUGUAAUACAUCUACUUAUAUUUAGUACCUAAUAAGCAAGAUAAAUGCGUAGCCUUUGUUAAGUGGGCCCCUGAUCUGAAUAUGAGUCAAGUAUAGUAUCUGGAGAAAUUAAUUAUCAUCUUGGAAAUACCUUAGGAAUAGAACAAUACUUAUGCACUUUUACACAUCUUUCAAUAAUAAAAUCUGAAAGUUUGCAAAUCUACAUCGAUAGCAAAAUAGAGAAAUCAAUUACAAUAACUAAGUCAGCAACUAGGUUGUAAUUAAUUUACUGCUACUUUGGUCUCCGAAUGUAGCUUAGACUUUGCGUUAUCAGAAUUUCUUAAGAUCGUGGCUGCAAAAGUUGAUAUAAAGCAAUUAAGUUAAUUUCUAGAUGAGAACGACUAUUUUAUAAAGGAGGAUAAGUUUGAGUAGGGGAGGUAGGAAGUAAACUAUUUUGUUGAUGCAUUUGAGAUGGAGAGAUUGGGAUUCUCACUUGCAUGAACAUUGUGAGCU